AUGCACUCAAAUGUCUCGUCCGACGUCGUUGCCGCCGACGAGAACACAACUUCUGUUGUUUUCAUUGAUAAUAGUGGCCUCAUUUUUUCGGCAACACAACGGCAUUCAAAUACAAUACUCAUAAUUUCUUAUUCUUGGCCAGCAUUACUACUUUCAUUUUUUUCUAUUAUUGGUGUUAUUGGCAAUUUACUUGUUUGUCUAGCAAUAGCAACUGAACGACGUUUACAAAGUCGUACAAAUUGGUUUCUUUUCUCGUUAGCACUUGCUGACAUGCUCGUUUCGGGUCUUGUCAUUCCAUUAGCUGUUGUUAAAGAAUUUACAGGUUUUUGGAUAUUAGGUCCAGCUUUAUGCGAUUUAUGGAUAUUUUUGGAUGUUUGUUCAUGUACAUCCUCAAUUAUGCAUAUUGUUGUUAUUUCAAUUGAUCGUUAUUUAGCAAUAAAUGAUCCAUUAAAUACUCGUACACGACAACAAAAAUGUAAAAUUCUUCUAUUAAUUAUAAUUGUUUGGUUAAUUGCAAUUUUAUUAUCAUCACCAAUGAUUGUACUUGGUGCAAUUAAUCCUUAUAAUAUUUUUAUUAAUGGACAAUGUUUAAUAAAUAAUCAAUUUUUUGUUAUAUACGGUAGUGUUGUUUCAUUUGUUAUACCAUUAAUUAUAGUUAUUAUUAUGUAUACAUUAACUGUACGUCGUUUAAAAAAACAAAUAAGACAGUGUCAAACACAACUUGCUCAUGAACAAUUAGCUCGUGCUGCUAGUUUAGUUGCUAAACCAUUUUUAAGACGACAUAUACCAACACGAGAAACUACAAGUACAAAUCCUAAUGUAACUAAUACUUCACAAUGGACACCAAUGUCAACUAGAGCAUUAAAACGUACACGUUUACGGCAAAUUCAAACAAGUUUAGAAUAUAGUGAAGAAAGUGCAGAUAAUAUAAGUUUACAACAACAACAACAACAACAAAAACAACAUCAACAACAACAACAACAACAAGAACAAUCCGAUCAAGAAUCUCAAAUAGAAGAAAAACCAAUUGUAUCACAAGAUCUUAUAUUACAAGUAUCAACAAAAACUUCACCACAUAUUGAAUAUGCUUGUCCAAAAAAUCCAUUUUGUCAAUUAAAAUGUACUUGUAAUUAUCAACAACAAGAACAAAAACAAGAACAACAACAACAACAACAUCAAUUAGAAACUGUUUUUGAACCUGAAUCACAUAUAAAUCGUUUAAAAUAUUUGAAUUGUUGUACAACAACUAGUUCUUCUCCAACUUUACGUCGACAUUAUUCUCCAAAAUCUUAUCCAAUAUCAUUACCAAUGUCAACAUCAUCAAAUCAAUCUUUAACAUCUUCAAAUCGUUCAAAAUCUCGUCCAAAUACAAGAAGAACUUGGCAUCGUUUAACAAUAACAUCAAAUAUUGGUAUAUCACGUACAAAAUCUUCAGCUGUACGUAAUGAACAAAAAGCUGUUAAAGUACUUGGUGUUGUUUUUGUUAUAUUUGUCAUAGCAUGGUUUCCAUUUUGUAUAAUGAAUUUAUUACAAGGAGUUUGUCAACGAUGUUCAAUUAAUCCAAAUAUAUUAAGUGGUUUUGUUUGGCUUGGUUAUGUAUCAUCAACAAUAAAUCCACUUGUUUAUACAAUAUUUAAUCGUAAUUUUCGUUUAAAAUUUAUUGCUUUACUUAAAUGUCAUUGUUUAUAUUCAACAUCUCGACAUAGACAUUUUUCUUCAUAUCAAAGUUAUUCAUCAUUACAUCGAUCACGUCUUCAAGGAAAAAAUGGUUCAACAAAAAAUGAUCAUCAUCGUCGUUUUGAUACAUUUUAUGAACAACAAGAAUUAAAAUCCUUACAUACAAUAUCACCACAAUUAUAA